AUGGACAGAUUACACCAGCACCUAUUGAAAGAGGCCCCAUCACAGUUAACCAUCCUUUUUUUUACAGAUGACAAUGUACUAUUCUGUCAAGCAACAACUAAGGAGCUCUCAUGUGUCCCCAAAAUUCUUGAAGUUUAUGAAAAGGCAUUGGGUCAGGUCUUGAACAAAGAAAAAUCCACAGUCUUAUUCAGUAAAAACACUAAGACAGUGGAUAAGACACAGAUUUUGCAACAAGUAGGAGUUAAAGCUACCAGCAACUUUGAGAAAUACUUGGGAUUACCUGCUAUAGUAGGGAGGCAGAAAGUGGCAACUUUUCAUGCACUCAUUGAUAAAACUUGGGCGAGGAUGGCAAACUGGAAGAAUAAAUUUCUUUCAAACACAGGUAAAGAAGUCUUCUUAAAAGAAGUGCUACAAGCCAUUCCCACUUAUGCAAUGGGGACUUUUCUGGUGCCAACCUCGAUCACUAACAAGCUGAACCAACUUAUCAAGAAGUUUUGGUGGGGCUACAACGAGGAUACCUCUAAGAUACAAUGGGUUAGGUGA